GCCAGACCCUGCCCUAAUCCCUGCCCUGACUCCCAAUCCAUGGGAUCAGCAAGGCUGGCACUGCCCUCACCCUGGCUCCAGCUGGAGCCUGGCACCACCCAAGUGACAGUGGCAGAGGACACGUGGCACAGCCACAGCGUUGGCAGCUCGGCUGCUGAUGCCCCAGAACGGCCCAGAACAGCCCAGCUCUGGCAUCCAGUGUCUGAGGAAGGGGAUGGUGCUGGAUUGCACUGGGCCAGGACUGAAUUCUGGCUCAUGGUGUGAGCCUGGGCCCACCGAGCCUGCUGUCCCCUCCCUGUUCUGCUGUCCCCUCUGAGCUCUGCUGUCCCCCCUGAGCUCUGCUGUCCCCUCUGUUGUCCCCUCUGAGCUCUGCUCUCCCUGUGCCCAGCACUGGCAGGUCCCAGGAUGCAGACAGGACAGGAGGGACAUUGACACCUUUGCAGGCUUGGACGUGCCGGUGGCCUCAAUCCUCUCCUUGCCACAGCCCAGCCUGCUGUGAGGCUGCCGGUGUCACCUGGCUGUCACCGCAGGGCCACCAUGCCACCUUCCUGUGACGUUUCCCCAUCACAUGAAGGUUCUUGCAGCUUUGGUCGCUGCUUCCUGCCUGUGGCCGGCAGCAGAGGCAGAGCAGAGCAGUGGGGCUGCCUCACCCUGCCUGUCCCCCUGCCUGUCCCCUGCCUGUCCCGCUCAUCCCCUGCCCGUCCUGCCUAUCCCCUGCCCAUCCUGCUCGUCCCCUGUCUGUCCUGCCUGUCCCCUACCCGUCCCCUGCCUGUCCCCUCCCUGUCCUGCCCAUCCCCUGCCCAUCCCCUGCCUGUCCCCUGCCCACCCCCUGCCCAUCUCCUGCCUGUCCCCAUCCUGUCCCCUGCUCGUCCCCUGCCCCUGCACCACUGGCCACGGACACCGAGCAGAGGGCACUCCAUGGAUGACGACCGGCCCCUCUUCACCACCUUCAAGCCCCUUGGUGAGGACAGCACAGCCAGAGCCAAGGCAGCGCCCACCAGCAAACCCAGCCAGCCCCAGGGCACCUCAGAGCAGUCGCCAGGACACCACAGCAGACAUGGCAGGGUGCCUCCAGGUUUCUGGUCAGCCCCAGCAGCCCAGUCCCUGCCCGAGGGGGAGCCGUGCCCGGAGCGGGGGGUGCUGCGUGCCCGCACCAGGCUGUGGUUCGAGCAGACACAAGCGCAGAGCUUAGGGCCCGAGGGGGAGCUCCCCUCGUGGUUCCACGGCUUCAUCAGCCGCAGGGAGGCAGAGGAGCUGCUGCAGGAUCAGCCCCUGGGCUGCUUCCUGGUCCGCUUCAGCGAGAGCACCGUGGGCUUCGUGCUGUCCUACAGGGGCAGGGAUCGCUGCCGGCACUUUGUCCUGGACCAGCUGCCGGACGGGCGCUACGUGAUCCUGGGCGAGCGCAGUGCCCACGCCGGGCUGGCACAGCUGCUGCAGCACCACGCCACGGCCCCGGUCACACCGUACCGCGAGUUCCUCACCGUGCCCCUGCCCUGCGGACGGAAGGACGAGCCCCGAGGGCGGCCACAGCCCCCGGCCGGCGGUGAUGCUGCACAUUCCCCAGCGAGCCAAGCAGCGGCCAAGCUCCCGGAGUACAGCCCCGUGUCCCUGGAGCCCCCCAGAGCCGAGGGCGGCUCUGCCAGGGAGGCUCCCGGUGCUCCGCCGUCGCUCCCUGCCAAGAGCAGCUCCCGGGGCGCGGCUCGGGGGCUGCACGGCCCGUCCGGCAGCGCGGCACCCCCCGAGGUUCCCUGCGCCCAGGUGCACAAAGAAUCCGCCCUGCCCGAGCCCCCCGAGGCCAAGUACCAGCAGCUCAUGUGCUUCCAUGUCUACGCCGAGCCCCGUGAGGAGAUCGACCCCGAGCCCCAGGAGCCCACCCCCGGGGCACCCAUCCCCGAGGGACCCCCCACCCCCGGGGGACCCAUCCCCGAGGAGCCCAUCCCCUUCUAUGCCAUGGCCCGCGGCUGGAGCCGCUGUGCCAGCCCCGAGGAGAACAUCUACUCCGAGGUGGCACUGGCCCGGCAGGAUGUGCCUGCCCGGCCCCCCACGGCCCCCCAAAACACCUUCUCCACGCUGCCCCCCAAAGCCCGGCCCCACCGCCGGCUCUUCCACAGCGUUUCCAGCCAGGACUGCAAGAGGAGGCAGCUCUCGGCGGCUCCCAGCACGGACAGGGAGGACAGAGGAGCUUCCAGCACGGGCACACAGGCUGCCCUGACCCCUGAGCUGGAGCUGGAUGACCCUGUGUACAGCAGGAGCACACCCAGGGACCUGCACCCCAAGGCCACGGCUGAGAACGUGUACGAGCAGCUGCCUGGGGACUGCUCCUAAAGCACCUGGACAGCACCUGGCUCCCAGCUGGAGGAACCUCAGCCUCCACCUCACUGCAGGAAGCCCUUGGCCUUGGGAGGAGAGCUCCAAGGCUGCUGUUGGCCCCAGCUGGCAGUGCCAAUCUGCUCUUCCAGCUUCCCAGCCCUGCUGCACAGCACAGGGGAGAGCCUUACCUUACCCAUGAGCACAUUCCAAGAGACUUCUGUUAAUAAAAUGAGGGAAAAAAGGCUGUUACAGGAAAAACAGGGGUGAGUUUGGCACAGUUGGCACAUGCAGCUGGAUAUUAAAUUGGCCAGAAACUGGAGUGAUGCUACACUGAACCUCCCCAGCCUGCAGCCAACACUGCAAGCCCUGCCUGCUUCCUCAGCCAGAAAAUUUGGGAUGACAGCACUGUCCCAGGGCUGUCCCGUGGGGCACAAACCCUGGCGAGCCCCAGUGGAGCUGGGCAGUGCCAGUGGUGCUCCAAGCCCAACAGGAGCAGGGAGCCAGGAUGGCCAAAGCCCUGGCUUGGAAGGAAAAGGAAGGCUGGGGGACUGCAGCUGUUUUAUCUCUGGGAAAAUUAACUUCUGACCUUUCACAAAGUUGAAUUCUGUUGCUCUUAGAGGGCUGAAAGUGGAACAGGAGCCCUGGGAACUUCCCUUGGUGCUAAACCCAAGCCAUUACCCCAAGGAGAAAUGGGAAGGGGAACGUGGGAGUUCCAGCCCCCACACUGCAAAAUCCCCAGGCCAAGAGGGUACCUGGAUGAGGAUCUGAGCCCCCGGUGAUGGAAACAGGGCUGGGGGGGUUCAUUUAGAAAUAUGUUCCUUCAGCAAAUCUCUUCUGGGAGGAUUUCACUGUACAUACAAGAUAUGAAUAAAUUACUCAACAGUAACUUUAUUCUGAUCAUUCAAAUACUCAAAACAGGCUCUGCAAAGUACUAAACAUACAGGGAGCUAAACUAAAAA